UUUCUCUGCUCAUGGGAGGAGGCGAGCCGCCGUUUUGCUUCCGACUUUGACUCCUCACCGAAAAGAUGCUGGAGUCAUAUGUAACUCCAAUUUUAAUGAGCUAUGUGAAUCGCUACAUCAAGAACUUAAAGCCAUCGGAUCUACAGCUUUCACUAUGGGGUGGAGACGUGGUUCUCAGCAAGCUUGAGUUAAAGUUGGAUGUGCUGGAACAGGAACUGAAAUUACCAUUCACUUUUUUAAGUGGACAUAUUCAUGAAUUGAGGAUUCAUGUACCAUGGACAAAACUAGGUUCAGAACCAGUGGUAAUUACCAUCAAUACAAUGGAAUGCAUUUUGAAACUUAAAGAUGUAUUACAGGAUGACCAUGAAAGCUGUGGUUCUAAUUCUACCAACCGUAGUACUACUGAGAACACAAAAUCAUCAAUAAAACCCCGGAGAAUUCAGCAGGCUGCUCCUACAGAUCCUGACUUACCACCAGGUUAUGUACAGAGUCUGAUCAGACGAGUUGUAAAUAAUGUAAACAUUGUUAUAAAUAAUCUCAUACUAAAAUAUGUUGAAGAUGAUAUUGUCCUUUCAGUCAACAUCACUUCUGCAGAAUGCUAUACAGUAGAUGAAUUAUGGGAUCGUGCAUUCAUGGAUAUUUCUGCAACUGAUCUGGUACUAAGAAAGGUCAUCAAUUUUUCUGACUGCACAGUUUGUCUUGAUAAACGGAAUGCCAGCGGUAAAAUAGAAUUUUAUCAGGAUCCUUUAUUGUACAAAUGCUCCUUCAGAACUCGUCUUCAUUUUACAUAUGAUAACCUAAAUUCCAAGAUGCCAUCUGUUAUUAAAAUUCAUACUUUAGUAGAGAGCUUGAAACUUUCUAUCACAGAUCAACAACUGCCUAUGUUUAUUCGUAUAAUGCAACUUGGGAUUGCUCUUUACUAUGGAGAAAUAGGCAAUUUUAAAGAUGGAGAAAUGGAAGACUCUACCUGUCACACUAAAGAUAUGUUAGGAAACAUUACGGGUGUUGAAGAUGAAACAAGAAUAGAUAUGCAGUAUCCUGCUCAGCAUAAAGGCCAAGAGUUUUAUUCACAGCAAGAUGAUGAACAGCCACAGGGGUGGGUGUCGUGGGCCUGGUCAUUUGUGCCUGCAAUUGUGAGUUAUGAUGAUAGUGAGGAAGACUACCUUGGGAAUGAUCCUACAUCAAUCACUCAUCAGCAGAAAGCACAGACUUUGAAGGAUCCUAUUGUUUCUAUAGGAUUUUACUGCACAAAGGCAACUGUGACGUUCAAACUCACAGAAAUGCAAGCUGAGAGUAGUUAUUAUAGCCCACAAAAAGUAAAAUCUAAAGAAAUAUUGUGUUGGGAACAAGAAGGAACUACAGUGGAGGCCCUUAUGAUGGGAGAGCCUUUCUUUGAUUGCCAGAUUGGAUUUGUAGGUUGCAGAGCCAUGUGCCUUAAAGGAAUUAUGGGUGUUAAAGAUUUUGAGGAGAAUAUGAAUAGAAGUGAAGCCGAAGCCUGUUUCUUCAUCUGUGGUGAAAAUUUGAGUACAAAAGGUUUGACAUACCUUACAAAUUCAUUGUUUGAUUACCGAAGCCCAGAAAAUAAUGGUACUCGUGCAGAAUUUAUCCUGGAUGCGGCUCAUCAUAAGGAGACAUACACUGAGAUUGCUGGAAUGCAAAGGUUUGGGGCUUUUUACAUGGAUUACCUCUAUACAGUGGAGAACACCAGUGGCAAAGGUUCUACAAAUCAACAAGACUUCUCCACAGGGAAAAGUGAAGAUUUGGGAACAGUCCAGGAGAAGUCUACUAAAAGCCUUGUUAUAGGUCCUCUUGAUUUUCACUUGGAUAGUAGUGCAGUACAUAGGAUUUUGAAAAUGAUUGUUUGUGCCUUGGAACAUGAAUAUGAACCAUAUAGCAAGCUAAAACCAGAUAUUAAGCAUGAUAAUGAAACAAUACUGAAUCCUGAAGAAGUAGCUUCUCUGGAGGAGUAUAUUCCUACUCGACAUACAAGUGUUACUCUCCUCAAAUGUACCUGCACGAUUUUCAUGGCUGAAUUCAACUUGCUAGACCAUUUGCUACCUGUCAUUAUGGGAGAAAAGAACUCAAGUACGUUCAUGAAUACUACAAACUUCCAGUCUCUUCGGCCUUUGCCAUCCAUUCAGAUAUUGGUGGAUAAAAUUAAUCUGGAACAUUCUGUGCCAAUGUAUGCUGAACAGUUGGUGCGUGUGGUCAGCAGCCUUACUCAACCUUCUGAUAAUCUGCUUCAUUAUUGCUAUGUACACUGCUACCUUAAGGUAUUUGGUUUCCAGGCAGGACUUACGUCUUUGGAUUGUAGCAGAUCUUACUGCUUACCUGUACCGAUUAUUCCCUCCUUCAGCACUGCUCUUUAUGGUAAACUUCUGAAACUCCCCACUUGCUGGACCAAAAGAUCUCAGAUUGCUAUAACUGAAGGUAUAUUUGAACUUCCAAAUCUCACAAUUCAAGCUACAAGAGCACAGACACUUCUGUUGCAAGCAAUAUAUCAAAGUUGGUCUCAUAUUGGAAAUGUCAACACUUCAGCAGUGAAUGAAGCUUUGAUGAAUGAAGUCUUCCAAACUACAGGUGUGAAAUCUAAGAAUCCCCUGCCAACUCUUGAGGGCUCAAUCCAGAAUGUUGAAUUGAAGUACUGCAGCACAUCAUUGGUCAAAUGUGCCUCUGGGACCAUGGGAUCAAUAAAAAUUUGUGCCAAAGCCCCAGUAGACAGUGGAAAAGAGAAGUUGAUUCCUUUGCUUCAGGGUCCUUCUGACACUAAAGACCUUCAUUGCACCAAGUGGCUCAAUGAGAGUAGAAAGCCAGAAUCUCUCUUAGCUCCAGAUUUGAUAGCCUUCACAAUUCAAGUUCCACAGUAUAUGGACUACUGCCACAAUUCUGGUGCUGUAUUUCUUUGCAGUGUACAAGGACUAGCAGUUAAUAUUGACCCAAUCUUAUAUACGUGGCUCAUCUAUCAGCCUCAGAAACGAACAAGCAGACAUAUGCAACAGCAGUCUGUGGUAGCUGUUCCAUUUGUUAUGCCAAUUAGUAGAAGGAAAGAAGAUGAGGUGUCUGUUGGAAGUGCACCCUUCGCAAAGCAGCAAUCGUAUCAGGCCUCUGAGUAUGCCAGUAGCCCAAUAAAAACAAAAACAAUAACAGAAUCCCGACCGUUGUCAGUUCCUGUGAAAGCCAUGUUGAAUAUAUCUGAAGGCUGCAGAAGUCCUGAAGAAAAAAUGAAAGAAUUUAUUGGAAUAGUAUGGAAUGCAGUGAAGAGUCUCACACUACAGCUUGAAGUACAGUCUUGUUGCAUAUUCAUUCCAAAUGAUAGCCUGCCUUCCCCAAGUACAAUUGUAUCUGGUGACAUUCCUGGAACAGUAAGAAGUUGGUACCAUGGACAAACCAGCAUGCCAGGAAUGCUUGUCUUCUGUUUACCUCAAAUAAAGGUUGUUAGUGCUGGUCACAAGUAUAUGGAACCUCUGCAGGAGAUUCCAUUUGUCAUCCCACGACCCAUCCUUGAAGAAGGUGAUGCUUUUCCUUGGACUAUCAGCUUGCAUCAUUUCAGCAUAUAUACACUUCUUGGAAAACAAGUGACACUUUGCCUAGUGGAACCUAUGGGUUGUACCUCUACUCUAGCUGUCACAUCUCAGAAGCUACUUGCUACAGGACCUGAUACACGACAUUCAUUUGUUGUCUGUCUCCAUGUUGACCUAGAGUCACUAGAGAUGAAAUGCUCUAAUCCCCAGGUCCAGCUCUUCUGUGAGAUAACUGAUACCAUGAAUAAGGUCUGGAAUAAGAUUCAGAAGAGAGGCAAUCUCAGUCCAUCUUCAGCCUAUACAGACACCAUGGCAGGGCCUGUCCCUACUUCUCCAGUUAGAAGCAGUGUGGGUACAGCUCCUCCAGAUACUAGCACAUGCAGCCCAUCUGCCGACAUUGGAACUACUACUGAGGGAGAUUCUAUACAAGCAGGUGAUGACUCACCAUUCUCAGAUUCUGUUACCUUGGAACAAACUACAAGUAAUAUUGGCGGCUCCAGUGGACGUGUUAGUCUAUGGAUGCAGUGGGUGCUCCCCAAAAUUACUAUAAAGCUCUUUGCUCCAGAUCCUGAAAAUAAAGGCACAGAAGUUUGUAUGGUCAGUGAACUAGAAGAUCUCAGUGCCUCCAUAGAUGUCCAGGAUGUAUAUACCAAAGUGAAAUGUAAAAUAGAGAGUUUCAAUAUUGAUCACUAUAGAAGCAGGCCAGGGGAAGGUUGGCAGUCAGGACAUUUUGAAGGAGUGUUUCUACAGUGCAAAGAAAAACCUUUGACAACUGCAAAACUUCUAGAUGGCUCUCAUCAGCAGCAUGGAUUUCUCUCUCUGACAUACACAAAAGCUGUAACAAAAAAUGUCCGCCACAAGUUAACAUCAAGAAAUGAGCGAAGAAGUUUUCAUAAAUUAUCUGAAGGUUUAGCGGAUGGCUCCCCUCAUUUUCUUCAUGAAAUUCUUCUUUCAGCACAGGCCUUUGAUAUUGUCCUUUGUUUUCCUUUGCUUAAUGCCAUUGCAAGUAUAUUUCAAGCAAAACUACCAAGAACUGAAAAAGAGAAAAGAAAAUCUCCUGGUCAGCCCAUGAGGACCCAUACACUCACAUCACGCAAUUUACCUUUGAUUUAUAUCAACACAAGUGUAAUCAGAAUUUUUGUUCCAAAAACAGAAGAAAUACAGCCAACAGUUGAAGUUAAUCAGGCAGCAAAAGAAGACACCAUGGUUUUGAAGAUUGGCUCUGUUGCCAUGGCUCCCCAAGCUGACAAUCCGCUUGGCAGAUCUGUCCUCAGGAAAGAUAUUUACCAGAGAGCCUUGAACUUAGGAAUUCUUCGAGAUCCUGGAUCAGAAAUUGAAGAUAGACAAUACCAAAUAGACCUGCAGUCCAUCAAUAUUGGUACUGCACAAUGGAGUCAACUAAAACCAGAGAAGGAAAGUGGCACAGGAGGGGUGCUAACAGAAAGUGAAAGGAAUUCUCAAAAUCCAGCCCUUGAGUGGAAUAUGGCCAGCAGCCUCAUUGUCUCCACUGCCAUUGCAAGUCCAAAUCCUGGCUUCUUUCUGCCUUGGUUCAGAUACGUCCAGAAAGCAUCUUUAAUCUCUAAACAAGAACAGAAAAAAAUGGAUACAUUUGAUGGAGGCAUGGCUGAAACUUCAUCUCGGUACAGUGGUGCUCAGGAUAGUGGAAUCGGCAGUGACAGUGUUAAAAUCAGAAUAGUACAAAUAGAGCAACACAGCGGUGCCAGUCAGCAUCGCAUUGCCCGUCCCUCACGCCAGUCGUCAAUUGUGAAAAAUCUAAAUUUUAUUCCCUUUGACAUAUUUAUUACUGCAAGUAGAAUCUCACUAAUGACCUAUUCCUGUAUGGCCUUACCCAAAUCGACAUCACAAGAACAGAAGGAUAAUGAAAAAACAGGCAAGAGUUCAUUAAAUCUCCCAGAAGUUGAUUCAGAUGUUGCUAAGCCCAACCAGGCAUGCAUUUCCACGGUGACAGCAGAAGAUCUGUUAAGCAGCAGCAUUUCUUUUCCUUCAGGGAAAAAAAUAGGGGUCCUCUCUCUUGAAAGUCUUCAUGCAUCCACAAGGUCAUCUGCUAGACAAGCACUUGGUAUAACUAUUGUUCGGCAGCCUGGUCGAAGAGGAACUGGUGACUUACAGCUAGAGCCUUUUCUGUACCUUAUUGUAUCCCAGCCUUCCUUGCUCCUGAGUUGUCACCACAGAAAGCAGCGAGUGGAAAUAUCAAUUUUCGAUGCUGUGCUUAAAGGGGUAGCCUCUGAUUACAAAUGUUCAGAUCCUGGGAAGACUCUGCCCGAAGUCCUUGAUUAUUGCACUGUUUGGCUGCAGACAGUGCCUGGAGAAAUAGACAGCAAAAGUGGUAUUCCACCUUCCCUUGUAACACUACAAAUUAAAGACUUUCUUAAUGGACCAGCGGACAUCAAUUUGGAUAUAUCAAAGCCUUUAAAAGCAAACCUGAGUUUUACCAAACUGGAUCAGAUAAACCAUUUUUUAAAGAAGAUAAAAAGUGCACAUGGCUUGGCACAUAGCAAAGAGACUUCAGCUCUGUCAGAAACCAUGUUGAGUAAGGAUGAGCUUCUGGUCUCCAAAUGUUACCGUGGAAAGUUGUCUAAACCUAAAGUUCAUGGUGACGGAGUACAAAAGAUUUCAGUUCAAGAAAACAUGUGGAGAGCUGUUUCCUGCUUUCAAAAAAUUUCUGUCCAUACUACUCAGAUUGUGAUCUCCAUGGAAACUGUCCCCCAUCCUAGUAAACCAUGCCUGUUAGCAUCUCUAUCAAACCUCAAUGGAAGCCUUAGUGUGAAAGCAGCGCAAAAAGUACCUGGCAUAAUUCUUGGGUCAUCAUUUCUACUCAGCAUUAAUGAUUUCAUCCUUAAAACAAGUCUCAAAGAAAGAAGUCGGAUUCUGAUAGGACCAUGUUGUGCUACUGCCAAUCUGGAAGCUAAAUGGUGUAAACACAGUGGCAAUCCAGGCCCAGAACAGUCCAUACCAAAAAUAUCUAUUGAUUUAAGAGGAGGUCUGCUACAGGUCUUCUGGGGUCAAGAACAUUUGAAUUGUUUAGUUCUUCUACAUGAAUUACUCAAUGGAUACCUUUAUGAGGAGGGAAAUUUUGAAAUGCAAGUUUCUGAACCAGUACCUCAAAUGCCAUCUCCUAUGGAAAAGAAUCAGACAUUUAAAAGCGAACAAAGUUCAGAUGACUUACGGACAGGUCAAUUUCAGUAUAUACAAGAUGCUGAAUCUUUGAAACUGCCUGGUGUCUAUGAAGUCUUGUUUUAUAAUGAAACUGAAGAUAGCCCAGGGAUGAUGUUAUGGAGAUAUCCAGAACCUAGAGUGCUCACCCUUGUACGAAUAACUCCUGUGCCUUUCAACACCACGGAGGAUCCAGAUAUUAGCACAGCAGACCUUGGUGAUGUGCUACAGGUUCCUUGUAGUUUGGAAUACUGGGAUGAACUCCAGAAGGUUUUUGUUGCAUUUCAAGAAUUUAGUUUGUCUGAAAGCAGAGUUUGUGAACUGCAAUUGCCAGAUAUCAAUCUUGUGAAUGACCAGAAGAAACUAGUAUCCUCAGAUCUUUGGAGAAUUGUCUUGAACAGCAGUCAAAAUGGAGCUGAUGACCAAAGCUCUGCAAGUGAAUCUGGUUCUCAAAGCACGUGUGAUCCACUUGUAACUCCAACAGCCCUUGCCGCCUGUACCAGAGUCGACUCCUGCUUUACCCCGUGGUUUGUGCCUUCUCUUUGCAUUGCCUUCCAAUUUGCUCACCUGGAGUUCCACCUUUGUCAUCACCUUGAUCAACUAGGCACAGCUCCACUGCAAUACCUACAGCCGUUCAUUUCUGAUAAAAAUGUGCCAUCUGAACUGGAAUACAUGAUUGUUUCCUUCAGAGAACCACACAUGUAUCUUCGACAGUGGAAUAAUGAUUCUGUCUGUCAGGAGAUCCAGUUCUCAGCUCAAGCAGACUGUAAACUUCUAGAGUGCAGAAACGUUACUAUGCAAAGCGUGGUGAAACCCUUCAGUGUCUCUGGACAGAUUGCAGUUUCCAAUGAUGCCAUAGAAAAGCUGCUUGACUGCACCGUGAUAGUUGACUCUGUAUUUGUAAACUUUGGACAGCAUGUAGUUCAUUCUCUAAACACUGCGCUACAAGCUUGGCAACAGAACAAAUGCCCUGAGGUAGAAGAGUUGGUUUUCAGCCAUUUUGUGAUCUGUAAUGACACACAGGAGACACUGCGGUUUGGCCAGGUGGAUACUGAUGAAAAUAUUCUGCUGGCGAGUCUCCACAGUCACCAGUACAGCUGGCGCUCUCACAAAUCCCCACAGCUGUUACACAUCUGUAUUGAAGGUUGGGGCAAUUGGCGUUGGUCAGAACCUUUCAGUGUGGACCAUGCCGGGACUUUUAUUAGAACAAUUCAGUACAAGGGUCGAACUGCUUCACUCAUCAUCAAGGUUCAGCAACUCAAUGGAGUACAAAAACAGAUUAUCAUCUGUGGAAGACAGAUCAUCUGUAGUUACUUAUCUCAAAGCAUAGAACUAAAAGUCGUUCAGCAUUACAUUGGUCAAGAUGGACAAGCUGUGGUUCAAGAACAUUUUGACUGCCUCACAGCCAAACAGAAAUUGCCUUCAUACAUACUAGAAAACAAUGAACUGACAGAGUUAUGUGUGAAGGCCAAAGGAGAUGAAGAUUGGUCAAGAGAUGUGUGCCUAGAAUCCAAAGCCCCUGAGUAUAGCAUUGUCAUUCAGGUGCCAUCUUCAAACAGUUCCAUUAUUUAUGUCUGGUGCACAGUUUUGACUUUAGAACCCAACUCUCAAGUGCAGCAGCGAAUGAUUGUGUUCAGCCCUCUUUUUAUCAUGAGGAGUCAUCUUCCAGACCCCAUUAUCAUACAUUUGGAGAAAAGGAGUCUGGGAUUGAACGAAACACAAAUUAUUCCAGGAAAAGGACAGGAAAAACCACUGCAAAACAUAGAACCUGACCUUAUACAUCACCUAACAUUUCAAGCAAGAGAAGAGUAUGAUCCUUCAGAUUGUGCUGUUCCCAUCUCAACAUCCCUCAUUAAGCAAAUAGCCACUAAGCUACAACCUGGAGGCACAGUUAAUCAAAUCCUAGAUGAAUUCUAUGGGCCAGAAAGAGUCCUUCAACCCAUAUGGCCCUAUAAUAAGAAGGACUGUGACAGGAAUGAACAGCUGAAUCAGUGGGAUAGCCCAAUGCAAGUGAAGCUGUCAAUCUGGAAGCCAUAUGUUAAAACCUUGUUGAUAGAACUUCUACCCUGGGCCUUACUUAUCAAUCAAUCCAAAUGGGACCUCUGGCUAUUUGAAGGAGAGAAGAUUAUUCUACAGAUUCCUGCUGGAAAAAUUAUUAUUCCUCCUAAUUUUCAGGAAGCUUUUCAAAUUGGAAUAUACUGGGCAAAUACAAACACUGUGCACAAGUCAGUAGCAAUUAAACUGGUCCACAACCUGACAUCUCCAAGGUGGAAAGAUGGAGGUAAUGGCGAAGUUGUGACUUUGGACGAAGAAGGGUUUGUUGAUGCUGAAAUAAGACUUGGUGCUUUCCCAGGACAUCAGAAGUUAUGUCAGUUCUGCAUUUCCUCCAUGGUACAGCAAGGUAUACAAAUAAUUCAGAUUGAAGACAAGACUACAAUAAUCAAUAAUACACCAUAUCAGAUAUUUUAUAAACCACAGUUAUCUGUCUCCAAUCCCCAUUCUGGAAAGGAGUAUUUUCAUGUUCCGGACAGUGCUACUUUUAGCAUUUGCCCCAGCGGAGAGCAGCCUGCUGUGAAAUCCAGUUCCCUUCCUUGCUGGGACUUAAUGCCUGACAUCAGUCAGUCAGUGUUAGAUGCAUCCUUGCUUCAGAAACAGAUCUUGCUGGGCUUUUUUCCUGCGGCAGGUGCUGACGGCUCACAGUGCUGGAGCCUGCCAGCUAUAGUUGCACAAGAGUUUCCCAGACAGAGUGUGGCCGUGCCCUUUGGGAAUUUUAGGGAAAAUGGAUUCUGUACCAGGGCCAUAGCACUGACAUAUCAAGAACACUUUGGAGUGACUUAUUUAACCCUCUCAGAAGACCCUAGUCCUCGAGUAAUUUUCCACAAUAGAUGUCCAGUAACAAUGCUUAUAAAGGAAAAUAUUAAAGAUAUUCCAAAGUUUGAGGUUUAUUGCAAAAAAAUUCCUUCUGAGUGCUCAAUUCAUCAUGAGCUGUAUCAUCAGAUUUCCAGUUAUCCAGACUGCAAGACCAAAGACCUACUCCCAAGCCUCUUUUUGAAAGUAGAAUCGCUGGAUGAAAUAACAACUGAGUGGAGUGAUGCCAUCGACAUCAACAGUCAAGGAAUGCAGGUUGUGUUUCUGACUGGGUUUGGCUAUGUGUAUGUGGACAUUGUCCAUCAGUGUGGCAUGGUCCUCAUCACUAUGGCCCCAGAAGGAAAAGCAGGAUCUAUUUUAUCCAAUACCAACAGAACUCUGGAAAAGAUUGUUACAUUUAAACUGUUCAUCACUCAGUUGAGCCUGGCAGUGUUUGAUGACCUCACCCACCACAAAGCAUCAGCUGAGCUCCUGAGACUCACACUGGACAACGUUUUUCUCCACAUGGCCCCAGGGGCUGGUCCCCUCUCUGGGGAAGAGCCUGCGGCCACCCUCUUUGAGCUUUACCGCGUGGAAGUCUACUGUGGGGACCUGCAGCUGGACAACCAGCUUUAUAACAAGUCCAAUUUCCACUUCGCUGUCUUGGUCUGCCAGGAAGAAAAGACAGAACCCAUUCAGUGUUCCAAAAUGCAGAGUCUCCUGGUAUCCAGCAAAGAUUUGGAAGAAUACAAAGAAAACUGUUUUAUCAAAGUUUGCAUCACCUUAUCUGAGGGCAAGAGCUGCUUAUUUGAUAUUAAUGAGUUCAGUUUUGAAUUAAAACCUGCCCGGUUAUAUGUGGAAGAUACAUUUGUAUACUACAUCAAAACUUUGUUUGACACUUACCUUCCUAACAGCAAACUGGCUUGUCACUCUGCACACCUCUCUGGGGAUAAACAGGUGCUGCCCAUGCAGGUCAGACAGCACGCCAGGGCCUUGGUGAACCCUGUGAAGUUACGGAAACUGGUGAUCCAGCCGGUGAAUUUGCUUGUCAGCAUCCACGCUUCCCUCAAGCUGUACAUAGCCUCCGACCACACUCCUCUCUCCUUCUCCAUGUUUGAAAGAGGACCCAUCUUCACCACGGCAAGGCAGCUUGUGCAUGCCCUGGCCAUGCACUAUGCCACUGGGGCUCUUUUUAGAGCAGGCUGGGUGGUUGGGUCCCUGGAGAUCCUCGGCAGCCCCGCGAGCCUGGUGAGGAGCGUCGGGAACGGCAUCGCCGACUUCUUCAGGCUGCCGUACGAGGGGCUGACCCGGGGCCCCGGAGCCUUCGUGAGCGGAGUCUCCAGAGGGACGACAUCAUUUGUGAGGCACAUUUCCAAAGGUACCCUCACGUCCAUCACCAACCUGGCCACAAGCCUGGCCCGGAACAUGGACCGGCUCUCACUGGACGAGGAGCACUACAACCGGCAGGAGGAGUGGCGGCGGCAGCUCCCCGAAAGCCUGGGUGAUGGGCUGCGACAGGGCCUGUCCCGGCUGGGCAUCAGCCUGCUAGGUGCGAUUGCUGGUAUAGUCGAUCAGCCAAUGCAGAACUUCCAGAAAACAUCUGAGGCUCAGGCUUCAGCAGGACACAAGGCCAAAGGUGUUAUUUCUGGUGUGGGGAAGGGAAUCAUGGGCGUGUUCACGAAGCCCAUCGGAGGAGCUGCGGAGCUUGUGUCACAGGCUGGCUAUGGUAUUUUACACGGAGCUGGACUUUCUCAGCUUCCCAAACAGCGCUAUCAGCCAAGUGAUCUACAUGCUGACCAGGCUCCAAAUAGCCAUGUCAAAUAUGUCUGGAAAAUGCUUCAGUCUCUGGGCAGGCCGGAAGUCCACAUGGCCCUAGAUGUGGUUCUGGUGAGGGGCUCAGGCCAGGAGCACGAAGGGUGCUUGCUGCUGACAUCGGAAGUGCUCUUCGUGGUGAGCAUCAGCGAGGACACACAGCAGCAGGCCUUCCCCGUCACGGAGAUCGACUGUGCACAGGACAGCAAGCAAAGCCACCUGCUCACCGUGCAGCUCAAGCAGCCAAGAGUGGCCUGUGAUGUGGAGGUGGAUGGAGUCCGAGAGAGAUUGUCAGAGCAACAGUAUAACAGACUUGUGGACUACAUCACAAAGACUUCUUGUCACCUGGCACCCAACUGCUCUUCCAUACAAACACCAUGCCCUGUGGUGGCUGUGGAACCGCCCCCCUCCACUGCUAAAACAUACCAUUAUUUGGCUGAUCCACAUUUUGCUCAGGUCUUCAUUAGUAAAUUUGCCAUGGUGAAAAAUAAAGCCCUCAGGAAAGGGUUCCCUUGAA